GAAGGUGUUCGCCUUUUGAGAGCUCGGUUCAGCAGAAAAUGCUGUUGAAGAAAGUGAUUUGCAUUCAUAGGGCGAGGUUCCUCAGAAGGAGCUGAGCAACUCUUGUUCUUCAGCUGCAUGCACCUGUCGCCUCAGCAGACAUGGACGACAGCCUACAAAAUGCUUUAGUUUCAUGGGUGAACACUUUUAUUCCCGACAAUGUCAUCACUUCAUUGACGGAUACCCAGAUUUUUCCAGGAAGGCUGCUUGGACUGAUCACAGAGAAGAUCUUUGGAGCUGGAGCGGAUGCAUGCCCACACGAUGAGGAGGAAUGCCUGGAGUAUGUUUCUACCGGCCUUGCUGAGUACUACCAAAUACCUGGCAACCAGCUUGUCUCUGUCCAGGACAUAUUCCAGAGAUCAGAACUGGCUAUUGGCAAGGUCCUGAUGCUGCUUCUGUCAUGGGCAGUUCAUUCUCAACAGGUGGAGCAGUUCAUUGCUGACAUCCGUAGUCUCUCAUCUGAAGACCAGCACUCGUUGAUGCUUCUCAUCAACAGUACUAUGAAGCAGUUUGGCGAUGGGGCACUUGUUGCUGGUACAUUCCAUGUUGGUCUUGUCUGUUCAAGUGACACAGCAGCAACUGCUGAUAUACCUGAUGGUGCAGCAUUAUCCACACCAUCCAACACAGACAGCGAAGCUGCUGAAAUGUCACCGACAAUCGAUGACUCGUUAGUGCGUCCACCCGGUGGUACCCCGGCAAGGGGACUUCCCCAUAUCGAUGAUACCUUGCAGUCACCGGUCUCCCACUGCAAGUCAACUCUGGCAAGAUCCCGUCUUGAUUCUAGAAUCAACCCAACUCCUACAAGCAGCAGGAAGUUUGUUUCUCGUUCGAGUCAACCCAGUGUCCACUUCACACCACCUAGCUCACGUGUCCCCUCCACCCCAAAGGUGUCUAGUUCAAAGCAAUCAGGCGCGUGGAGGAACGCGUCACCUGCUCUUAAGCGUUGGAUGACCUCUCCAGCCUGCUCCAAGUCUACCAGCACCACUUCGGCUGAGUCCAAUGAUGGCAUUCAUCAGCGCAUGUCAUCAGUCACCUAUGCAUUGAGAGAGCAGAUAAGUCUAAGGGAGGACCUGGAGAUGCAGCUCAGUCAGACACAGGAAGACCUAACUAAAUCAGAGCGCAACGUUCGUGAAUACGAACGCCAGUGUAAAGUCUUGGAGGCUCAGGUUGCUGAGAUGGAGGACUUACAGCACACUGAAGUGGAGCUGAAGAAAACGCAAGCCAAACUGGAGAGAGCCAUGAAGCGUUUAGAGUCAGCCAAUGAUGUGAAGAACCAUGCUGAACAUCUUCAAGAGCAACUCACCAUUGCUAGAGCUGAUGUCAUCUCCUUGGAGACAAAGAUGGCACAGUCUGAUGAUGUGGCUGGUCGUGUUGAGUUCUACAAAGCGCAGCUUCACAGCUCAGAGCUGCGCUGUAGCUCUGAACAUGCUCAUGUAGAGCAGCUGCAGUCUGAGGUGGAAAAACUGUCCACACGCUACGGUGAAUCUACUGCCAGUGUUGCCACGGUCACAGCUGAAAUGACCAGACUUCAGGGACAAGUGGAAGUGUUGCAAGAGGAACUAGACAAAGUUACAGGUGCCAAUGCUAGUGCGGAGAGUUGUGACCAGCUGACAUUGGCUGAUCAGGCCGAGAUCUCACGGCUGCAGAGAGAAAAUGAAGACCUCCGUGCGAUGUUGCCAAGCCGGGAAGAAAUGCGACUGAUGCGUUCUCAAGUGGAGGACGCAACAGCUAUGAAGAAAAGCUUUGAGAGCCUGUACGUUGAGCACAAACGCCAAUUGUUGGAAAUGGCAGAGGAGAAGAGUGGUCUUGAGCGACAGUUAACCGACGCCAAGGAAAAAGAGCAGAAAACGCAGCACUUACUUGACACAGAAUGUGGAACAUCAUCUUCACUUCAACAGCAGCUUCAACUGAGCGAGGAGAGUUUAGCUACUGCUGCCGAAGAGAACACACGCCUGUCCAAUGCGAUGGAUGAUGGCAUAUCCGAGAUGAGAGCACUGAAAUCACAAGUGUUUGAACUUCAACAACAACUUAGUGUUUCCAGGCAUGAGCUGGAGGCAAGCAAUGAUGCUGCAGCUACUCAAAAAGAACACCUGCUGGAGCAGGUGGGUGAGUUACGUCUGGAGCUCGAUACUGUGAAUCAUGUUCUCCAGGAGACCGGCAAGAAGUACACCGCAUUAGUUGGUAACAAUGAAGCCCAUCAAGAACAGCGCAAACACUGGCAGCACCUACUACACACAGCUCACGACAAGACCAGUGAUCUAGCACGGCAAUUGGAGCUAGCAAACAAUGACCUAACGGUGGAGCGUGAGCGACACCACUCAGCAUUUGUGAAGCUACAAGCCAAGUACGACGAAGUCUGCCUGGAACGCCAGAGCAGCCAGCAGCAAAUUGCCAUUGUCAAGACGCAACUAGCCAGCCUUGACCAAGAGAAACAAGAUGUUCAAGAUUCGUUGACAUGUCAACAAUCAACUACUUCUGAGCUGGAGACGAAGUGUGCCCAGCUAGAGCAGAGCUUGGGAGAGUCUCUUGAGCGUGCUCAGAAGCAGCAGUCCAGCCUCACCGAACAAGCUGCCCAGCUGCAGAAGAAGCUUGAGGAUCAUGAUGAGACUGGUCGUGAAAUCCUGUCUAGCAUUGGCCAGGAAAUAGCUACUCUGCUACAACGUAUGACUGGCAGCGAGUGGAGUGCACUGGAUGUAGAUGCAUCAUCAACUGCUCAGCACCAGAAUAUCACCAGUUUGCUAACACAUACUGGUGAACAACACAAUGAACUGCUGGAGAAGAAGACUAACUUGCAAGCAGAAGUUGAUGGUCUACGCUCUCGGGUGACUGCUCUAUCGAAACAAGCUAAUGACGAUGUGUCGAGCCGUGAACAGCGCAUUGCCAUGCUCACUGCUGAACUGGAACAAGUGCAGGCAUCGCUGGUCGAGAAGACACAAAGCAUCACAGAUCUAGCUAACAGCGACCUGAUCGCUGAGCGUGAGCGUCAUCGGACAGCAUUUACGAAGUUGCAGGCAAAGUACGAUGAAGUCUGCCUGGAAUGCCAGAGCAGCCAGCAGCAAAUUGCCAUUGUCAAGGCGCAACUAACCAGCCUUGACGUAGAGAAACAAGAUGUUCAAAGCACAUUGACACGUCAACGGUCAGCUGCUGCAGAACUGGAGGCAAGGAAUUCACAGCUUGAACAGAACCUGGGAGAGUCUCUGGAGCGUGCCCAGAAGCAGCAGUCCAGCCUCACCGAGCAAGCUGCCCAGCUACAGAAGAAGCUUGAGGAUCAUGAUGAGACUGGUCGUGAAAUCCUGUCUAGCAUUGGCCAGGAAAUAGCUACUCUGCUACAACGUAUGACUGGCAGCGAGUGGAGUGCACUGGAUGUAGACGCAUCAUCAACUGCUCAGCACCAGAAUAUCACCAGUUUGCUAACACAUACUGGUGAACAACACAAUGAACUGCUGGAGAAGAAGACUAACUUGCAAGCAGAAGUUGACGAUCUACGCUCUCAGGUGACUGCUCUAUCAAAACAAGCUAAUGACAAUGUGUCGAGCCGUGAACAGCGCAUUAGCAUGCUCACUGCUGAACUGGAACAAGUGCAGGCAUCGCUGGUUGAGAAGACACAAAGCAUCACGGAUCUAGCUAACAGCGACCUGGUUGCUGAGCGUGAGCGUCAUCAGACAGCAUUUACAAAGUUGCAGGCAAAGUACGACGAAGUCUGUCUGGAACGCCAGAGCAGCCAGCAGCAAAUUGCCAUGGUCAAGACGCAACUAGCCAGCCUUGACCAAGAGAGACAAGAUGUUCAAAGCACAUUGACACGUCAACGGUCAGUGGCUGCUGAGCUGGAGGCAAAGAAUACACAGCUCGAACAGAACCUGGGAGAAUCUCUUGAGCGUGCUCAGAAGCAACAGUCCAGCCUCGCCGAGCAAGCUGCCCAGCUGCAGAAGAAGCUUGAAGAUCAUGAUGAGUCUGGUCGUGAAAUCCUAUCUAGCAUUGGCCAGGAAAUAGCUUCUCUGCUACAGCGUAUGACUGGCAGCGAGUGGAGCGCACUGGAUGUAGAUGCAUCAUCAACUGCUCAACACCAGAAUAUCACCAGUUUGCUAACACAUACUGGUGAACAACACAAUGAACUGCUGGAGAAGAAGACUAACUUGCAAGCAGAAGUUGACGAUCUACGCUCUCAGUUGACUGCUCUAUCAAAACAAGCUAAUGACAAUGUGUCGAGCCGUGAACAGCGCAUUAGCAUGCUCACUGCUGAACUGGAACAAGUGCAAGCAUCGCUGGUUGAGAAGACACAAAGCAUCACAGAUCUAGCUAACAGCGACCUGGUUGCUGAGCGUGAGCGUCAUCAGACAGCAUUUACAAAGUUGCAGGCAAAGUACGACGAAGUCUGCCUGGAACGCCAGAGCAGCCAGCAGCAAAUUGCCAUGGUCAAGACGCAACUAGCCAGCCUUGACCAAGAGAGACAAGAUGUUCAAAGCACAUUGACACGUCAACGGUCAGUGGCUGCUGAGCUGGAGGCAAAGAAUACACAGCUCGAACAGAACCUGGGAGAAUCUCUCGAGCGUGCUCAGAAGCAACAGUCCAGCCUCGCCGAGCAAGCUGCCCAGCUGCAGAAGAAGCUUGAAGAUCAUGAUGAGUCCGGUCGUGAAAUCCUGUCUAGCAUUGGCCAGGAAAUAGCUACUCUGCUACAACGUAUGACUGGCAGCGAGUGGAGUGCACUGGAUGUAGACGCAUCAUCAACUGCUCAACACCAGAAUAUCACCAGUUUGCUAACACAUACUGGUGAACAACACAAUGAACUGCUAGAGAAGAAGACUAACUUGCAAGCAGAAGUUGACGAUCUACGCUCUCAGGUGACUGCUCUAUCAAAACAAGCUAAUGACAAUGUGUCGAGCCGUGAACAGCGCAUUAGCAUGCUCACUGCUGAACUGGAACAAGUGCAAGCAUCGCUGGUUGAGAAGACACAAAGCAUCACGGAUCUAGCUAACAGCGACCUGGUUGCUGAGCGUGAGCGUCAUCAGACAGCAUUUACAAAGUUGCAGGCAAAGUACGACGAAGUCUGCCUGGAAUGCCAGAGCAGCCAGCAACAAAUUGCCAUUGUCAAGGCGCAACUAGCCAGCCUUGACCAAGAGAAACAAGAUGUUCAAAGCACAUUGACACGUCAACGAUCAGCUGCUGCUGAGCUGGAGACGAAGUGUGCCCAGGUAGAGCAGAACCUGGGAGAAUCUCUUGAGCGUGCUCAGAAGCAGCAGUCCAGCCUCACCGAGCAAGCUGCCCAGCUGCAGAAGAAGCUUGAGGAUCAUGAUGAGACUGGUCGUGAAAUCCUGUCUAGCAUUGGCCGGGAAAUAGCUACUCUGCUACAACGUAUGACUGGCAGCGAGUGGAGCGCACUGGAUGUAGACGCAUCAUCAACUGCUCAGCACCAGAAUAUCACCAGUUUGCUAACACAUACUGGUGAACAACACAAUGAACUGCUGGAGAAGAAGACUAACUUGCAAGCGGAUGUUGACGAUCUACGCUGUCAAGUUAGUGCCCUCAGCAAAGUCAGCGAUGAUACAUCCAGCAAGGAGCAUCGUGUGCUCACACUGUCUACCCAACUAGAUCAAUUGCAGACAGCACUGCUGGAGAAAGCAGAUCGUAUCACAUAUCUUGAGAGCAAGCGAGGUGACCUGCAACGGAAUCUGGAUGAAGCAAUGCAGGCGAAAGCGUCUAUGAGGCACCAGUACGUCCAGAGUCAAGCAGCUGAGACAGAAUCCAAACUGUUUGCUGAGCAAGCAUCUACUAACUACCACUCAUUGCAGAAUGAAAUGGACACUCUGAUUCAACAAUACCAGGCUGAGAGUGAUUCUUCCAAAGCAACAUGUAGAGCUGUGAUGGAAGAAGCCAAGAAGCGAGGUGAAGAGGCGACUGCAGAGAAGCAGGAACUGAAGGAUGAGCUAGAGUGUAUGCAAGAACGAGUAGAGCACUAUAAGCACAUGACGUCCACAAUGGAGACACAGUUAAAACUAGCCACACAGCAACUACAAUCUCAGCAACAGCAGCGAGCCAGUUUGGGGCACAACAACAGCGGCAGUGGCAGUGGCUCGUAUGGUCGCAUGGCACAACCGGGCUAUGAGUCAGUUCAUAAAGAGUUUGACACUGGCAGGCACUCUGUGUCACAGAUUGAGACGUUGCAAUCUCCUGUCGACAAACUCAAUGAUGACAUUUCAUCGUUCUUGACCGGCACUGAUCGACAGCAGCGGCGUACCAGCAUUCAACCCACUACCAACACCACAAGCCGUGCCGAGAAAGAAAUGGAAAACAGCAGGAAUAGUGGUGGUCGUGCUGAGCGCAGUGGUCGCUGGUCGACUGCUACAGCAUCAUCUCGGCCGCCAUUUGCAUGGGGGGAUAAUAUCAGUGGGUCGGCGAAAGAGGAAAGUGAUGAUGAUCUGAGUGAAGGCAGACUGAAGGAACUGCAACGGCGUAAUACUAUAGCAGCGGCUCAUUUGAAAUCCACAUACCCAGUUGAGUUACAGGUUGAUGACCGCAAAGCAAGCAUUGGCAAGCGCAAACGACCUUCGUCAACGACCAGCAGCACUAGCAGCAAUACCAGCAGUCAGAGGGCGUCAAGUCAUCUCUCAGCUAUGCCAAGCGUUGCAGAGGAACAGCCUAGCAGUAUUUCCAAACCAGCGCCAGUGGAAUCAUUUGCCAUGGAGUUCUCUCCACCUAGUAGUAGACGUAGCAGCAGUAUGCGGCAGUUACCAGCAAAAAUUGCUGCUAUGAAACGCUCUGCUGCGAGUGCUCGUCAUGAGGAUGAAGAUGAUGAUAGCGGUGACAGUGCAAAGCGACGCCAGACAUUCCUCAUUGCCUCGCCAAAGCCAAAGGAGAAGGCUGCUGGUAGUAGCAGUUUUAAGUCACGUGUCACUGGCCGUGCUGUCACCAGUGCUCUUGCUGACAAUGCCAGUGGCCGCAGUAGCAGAGGCAGCAGUAGAACCGCUGAUGUUAGUACUUCGUCUAAAGAUGUCGUCACCAGCAGCAGUGGAAGCAGUAGCGCUCGCAAGGCUAAGCUACCAGCUCACUUACAAGCUCGCAUGGCAUCUUAUCAGCAGAAAGCUAGCGAGAAAGCGGCUGCUGCAGCUGCAAUCAAGUCCUCCACAGCAUCCAGCAAGAAGUCUCGCCCACUGACACACAGAAACAAGGUGUAAGUGAGUUGUUAUGCUUUGCACUCAAUGUAGCAUAGCAUGCACCAAUAUUAUUGGGUUUAAAACGUUUUGUGCUGAUGCAUAAGUUAGUUGAGGAGAGGUUUUUGUUUUUUUGUUUUGCCCAUUUUUUCAUAACCCAUGAUUAAAUUUUUACAAAUUUUGCAUGCUCAUUCUCCCGAGUCAUGCUCAUACUAGCCAUGAAAUGAAAGCUGCCACCGCAUAUGCCCCCUGCCAAUUGCUGUCUUCUUCCCAGCGCUGCCCCCCCCCCCCCUCCCCCUCCUUGCAAAAGGAUUCUUGCUGGAAUAAUGUGCUGUUAUUGUUACUACGCCAUCUUCAUGUGUACAUUAUUUUUAUUGGCAUCAUAAUGCUGAUGACGUCACUUCAA